GACGCCCACCCCCUGGCCGGCUGGGUCUGUAAACAAUCUCCUCGUGGGCAGAGAGUGCUCCCCGCCCCAGGCCUGUGCGCCUGCGCGGUACCGGAUAGCGCGCGAGGCGGGUCGGCCGGCGGCCGGUGGCGUAGGGACUGGUGGGGGUAGUUCGGGUCGCGGACGAGGCCAAGGCCAUGGCUCUGCGGCAGGCGCUGGGUCGGGGCCUGCAGCUGGGCCGGGCGCUGCUGAUACGUUUCUCGGCCAAGCCGGGCCCGGCGGGAGGCCUAGGGCGAGCGGAGCGGCCGGGGCCGGCUUGGGGCCUCGGGGUCCGACGGGCGCCGGCUGCGGAGCCGGGCCCGGGGCUGGGCCUUCCCAGUCGCUACCGCUUCUUCCGAGAGUCGGUGGCCGGGCUGGCGGCGCGCCUGCAGCGUCAACUGGUGCUGCGGGCCCGGGGCGCCGGCCCCCCCUGCGGCCGCGCAGUCUUCUUGGCCUUCGGCCUGGGGCUGGGGCUCGUGGAGGAGAAGCAGGCGGAGGGGCAGCGGGCAGCCUCGGCCUGCCGGGACAUCCAGGAAAUUUUCACCCAGAAAAACAAGCUUCUUCCUGAUCCUCUGGCAAGUAGGCGUUGGCAGGGCUUCCGGCUGGAGGAAUACCUCAUCGGACAGUUCCUUGGCAAGGGGUGCAAUGCUGCAGUGUAUGAGGCCGCCAUGCCCGCCUGGCCCCCGCAGCAGCAAGGCCCCGGGCUCCUCCUGGGGCCGGAUCCUGCCACGGCCCUCCCUGCAGAAGGUGAGCAGAGCACCGGGCCCAAGGCCGAAGCCUUUCCCUUGGCCAUCAAGAUGAUGUGGAACAUCUCGGCGGGUUCCUCCAGUGAAGCUAUCUUCAGCACCAUGAGCCAGGAACUGGUUCCGGCCAGCCACGUGGCCCUGUCUGGGGAGUAUGGGGCCGCUGUUCUCAGGAGACAGGAGAGAGGUUCCAAGAAGCUGGCCCCCCACCCCAACAUUAUCCGAGUGCUCCGGGCCUUCACCUCCUCGGUGCCCCUCCUGCCUGGGGCCCUGGUGGACUACCCUGAUGUUCUGCCUCCAAAGCUCUACCCCUCUGGCCUGGGCCAUGGGCGGACGCUGUUCCUGGUUAUGAAGAACUACCCCUGGACCCUGCACCAGUACCUGCAGGCGAGCCCUCCAAGCCCCCGCCUCGCCACCAUGAUGCUCCUGCAGCUGUUGGAAGGAGUGGAUCACCUGGUUCAGCAGGGCAUCGCACACAGGGACUUAAAGUCAGACAACAUCCUCGUGGAAUUUGACUCAGCUGGCUGCCCCUGGUUGGUAAUAACAGAUUUCGGUUGCUGUCUGGCUGAUGAGAGCAUUGGCCUACAAUUGCCUUUCACCAGUUGGUACGUGGACCGGGGAGGAAAUAGCUGCUUGAUGGCUCCUGAGGUGUCAACAGCUUCUCCUGGUCCCAGGGUGGUGAUCGACUACAGCAAAGCCGACGCCUGGGCAGUGGGAGCGAUCGCCUAUGAGAUCUUUGGACUCCCCAAUCCCUUCUAUGGACAUGGUGGAGCCCAGCUGGACAGCCGCAGUUACUGUGAGUCUCAGCUUCCCGCACUGCCUGAGAGUGUGCCCUUGGAUGUGAGGCAGCUGGUAAAGGCGCUGCUCCAGAGGGAUGCCAGCAAGAGACCAUCUGCCCGAGUAGCAGCAAAUGUGCUUCACUUAAGCCUCUGGGGUGAAAGUAUUUUAGCCAUGAAGAAUCUGAAAUCAGACAAGAUGAUUGGCUGGCUUCUUCACCAAUCAGCUGCCACUCUGCUGACUAAUCGGUUGAUGGAGGGAAACAGGGUAGAAACCAAAAUGAAGAUGUGCUUCUUGGCUAACCUGGAGUAUGAAGUCCUCUGUCAAGCAGCGUUCCUUCUCCGGUCCUGGAGGGCAGCACCUUGAUGGCCCCAUGUCACCCAAAACUUACUAAAAGCAUUUAGUUAGCAGCAUUCUUUGUGUUCUAACAAUAUCUCAAGGGGACUUAGGGGCUUUGUAGGUGCAGGUUGUUUGUGUGUGUGGAGUCAGGAAAAUAAGAGGUGGGAGUGAAAUGGGGGACCUCUGGGCACCCAGCCCUGAGCCCAAGCAAGGGAGAUGUGGAAGCCUCAGCCUGGAUAGCUAUUGGAAGAAUUUUGUGAAAGGGGUCACUUAAUGAUCAGGUUGCAGCUACUAACUCUAGUUACACAGCAAUGAGCGAGUUAUAUGAGCUCGACUAAUGAGAAGGAUCAGACUAAGAUCACUAAAAAAAAAAAAGUCAGUUUCUUAUUUGCCCACACAC